UACAGCCAGCUAAUUUUUGUAUUUUUAGUAGAGAUGGGGUUUCACCAUGUUGGCCAGGCUGGUCUGGAACUCCUGUGGAGUGCAGUGGCCGGAUCUCAGCUCACUGCAAGCUCCACCUCCAGGGUUUAUGCCGUUCUCCUGCUUCAGCCU